AUUUCCAGCACAGUUCAUUAAUCAUUCACAAGAUAGGGUUGAAAUUCUUGCAAUUAACAUGCCAUCUGAAGUCAGCUUUUUAAAAAAAAACUGAAAGUCCUGCAGUGCAAGAACACCAGCUUUGUGCAUAUGAUGCAUAUUUUCAUUGAACAAAUGGAGGGAACUGUCUAGCUGCAAGGAAGUCCAGCAUAAGUGAUACCACUGUGUCAUUCAAACUGCUCGCUGACUUUGUUACAGCUUGUUGGCCAUGGAUGGAUGUGGUCGCAGUUCACCGCAACAGAUAUUGGAACAUACUGCCUCCAUUUUAGGGUGCAGUAUUACCGAUGAGAAGCUUGCAAUUUAUUUGGAUCAAGAAGAUGAACUGCAACAUCUUAGAGAUCAAUUUCAUAUCCCCAAAAUUAAAGACUUGCCUUCCACUGACCCAGCUUUGGUAAAAGGGGAGGAAGAGUGUGUUUACUUGUGUGGACACUCCCUUGGACUGCAACCAAAGAAAACAAAGGCUUAUAUAAAUGAAGAGCUUGACAACUGGGCUAAAAUAGCUGUCCAUGGUCAUUUCCAUGGUUCUUAUCCUUGGGCAUUAGCUGAUGAAUGUCUUGUUGAACUAAUGGCUAAUAUAGUUGGUGCUAAAAAAGAAGAAACUGCAUUGAUGAAUGGACUGAGUGUGAACUUGCAUCUCCUGUUGCUGUCCUUCUACAAGCCAACAUCAAGCAGACAUAAGAUUCUUAUGGAAGCAAACGCAUUUCCUUCUGAUCAUUAUGCAGUGGAGUCUCAAAUCCGUCUUCAAGGUCUGGAUCCCAAGAAAAGCAUGUUUUUGCUGUCUCCUGCAAAGGAUGAAGAGACUCUGAGCACAGACGACAUUUUAUCUACAAUAGAAAGGGAAGGUGACAGUAUUGCUGUGAUACUGUUCAGCGGAGUACAAUAUUACACUGGACAGCUUUUUGACAUGGUUUCAAUAACAAGAGCAGGACAUGCCAAGGGGUGUUAUGUUGGCUUUGACCUUGCCCAUGCUGUUGGGAAUGUAGAAGUGCGUCUGCAUGACUGGAACGUAGACUUCGCCUGCUGGUGUAAUUACAAGUAUUUGAAUUCUGGUGCUGGAGCUUUAGCAGGAGCGUAUAUACAUGAAAAACACAAUUUUACCAUAAAACCGACAUUACUUGGUUGGUGGAGCCAUGAUUUCACAACCAGAUUUCAGAUGGACAAGAAACUGGAUCUAACCCCAGGGGUGAAUGGAUUUCGAAUAUCUAAUCCCCCCAUUUUAUUGAUUCGCUCACUACAGGCUAGCUUAGAGAUCUUCAAUCAAGCUGACAAGAAAGCAUUGCGUAAAAAAUCUGUUUUGCUUACUGGCUACUUGGAGUAUCUGAUCAAACAUUAUCAUUCAAAAGUUCCAGAUAACCCACAGAAACUAUUCAUCAAUAUCAUUACUCCCUCAAAUGUUGAAGAAAGAGGCUGCCAGCUCUCGUUGUUGUUCUCAGACCACAUCAAGAAGAUUUUUGUGGAACUGUCAAAGAGAGGUGUCGUCCCUGACAUCCGGGAACCAAUCCUUCGAAUAGCACCUGUACCUCUUUACAACUCCUUUUAUGAUUUAUAUAAAUUUAUCAACAUAUUGAAUGAAUCACUUCAGGUUGUCUCACACCAGCUGAAAGAUGGAAUGUAAAAAGUGUUGUGCAAAAUUCCAUUUUGCAAGAAGCAGCUCCAUGCUACAGGAAAGUAUUUAGCCUAAAUUUAUUCUGCUGGCUUUGCGCAUUCUGGGGAAAAAUAAACAAGAAUUCAGAAACUGUUUUUCUUAAAUAAAGAAAUUAUUGCCUCAAAUGAAUAAAUCUAGAACAAGUGCAAAUUUCAUGGUGCAGUCUCACGAUAACAAUCAUUAUUUAAUAUUCAAACUAAUAAUACACCAGUAAUUAAUCUGUGAGCUUUGAUCAAUAAACUUCAGUCUUUACUCUCAGGUAUCUAAAUUAGUCUAUUGCAAUAGGUCUACAUCCUUCUGCACGUUACCUAAUUAAGUGGCUAUCUAAUUGUCUCCAAAACAUAAUGAUUGUAAGGCCAAUGAUAUCAAUGAUAUCAACCAUACUCUGUAUAAAAAAAAGAUCCCUCAACUCGACUUUUCUCUCACCUUAAACCUACUUGUUUUUGAUAUUUCUACCAUGGGAAAAAUGAUUUUGACUAUUGACGUUAUCUAUGCCUCCAAAGAAAACAAAUACAGUUUAUCUGAUUUCUACCUAUAACUAAUGUUCUCCAAACCAGGCAAAAUCCUGGUGAAAUUUCUCAUCACUCUGCCCAGGGCAGUUACAUGUGUGCAAACCAUAACUGCGUACAAUAUUCCCAAGAGCAGUCUAACCAGAGCUUUCUAAAUUGACAAGAUCAUGUCCCAACUUAAUAUUCUAUGCCCAAAACUAUGAAAUUAAGCAUACGAUGUGUCUUCUUCACCAUCCUCUCUACCUGGGUUGUCACUUUCAGGGAAAUAUAGCUUUUCACCCUUACUAGAACUUACUGCUCCCAAUAUACUUUUGUUGACCCUUUUGCAUGCUAUUGAUAGCAAUGUUACAACAUUUUGAGAUUUUAAAAAUCAAGUCUGCAAUCUAUCCCAUCCGAUAAAGCAUAAAAAUAAGUUUAAUUCGACACCUAAUUCACUUUCAUAUCUUCAGUAUUAAAAAAGUUAUGGCCAUUUUCAUACUCUGAAAUUAGCACCUUGUUCCCUAUUGCUUUUCCAUUGACUUAACUCAAAAGCUGUGAUCGAGGACAGUCAAAAGCCCAUAACUUUCUUAAAAAUUAAAAGAACUGAAUGAAUGUAUGAAUAUUGAAUUCCUUAAUUUUAUUUACUAAUAUUGUACUUUAGUAACUAGUAACUGUAGUUCACUUUUCACUGUACCUCAGUACACGUGACAAUAAAUUGAACUAAACUAGUUUAGUUUAGUUUACUUUAGUUUAGAGAUACAGUAAGGAAACAGACCCUUCAGCACACCGAGUCCAUGCCAGGCAUCGAUCACCCAUACAUCAGUUCUAUGUUAUCCCACUUUUACAUCCUACAUGUCGGAGGCAAUUUACAGAAUCAAAUUAACCUACAAGCCUACACAUCUUUGGAAAGUGGGAGGAAACCCACGCGGUCACAGGGAGAACGUGCAAACUCCGCACAGACAGCAUCUGUAGUCAGGAUCAAACCCAGGUCUCAGGCACUGUGAGGCACCAGCUCUAACUCGCCAGCACUGUGAUACCUCUGCACCAUUGUGGCGCCCCAAUCUGAAAUUCUAUCGUGAAAGAGAAUGUAUUGAAAUCUAGUCUUUAACAGCCAAGAUUUGAGUACAGUGGGAGAACCAUAAAAUUUAUACUGAUAAGUAUGAAUAAAAUUGCCAUUUGUGCAUUAAUCUGCUCUUUCUAUAAUUCCUGUAAUGCAAAGCAGGAUAGCAAUAAUGGAUAAAAAAAUACUAAAUGUUAAACAAUCACUUUAUUUUAAAACAUACAAUCGCAGGUUAAAAUGAAAUGAUCAUCUUUUCAGACACAGAUAUACUCAGCAUUUUAGUUUUAAUAUCUUGACUUUGAACUGCUUUGACUGUCAAAGCUUGCUAAAACAUGGGGCAUGCCAAAUUGUCUUACAAUCUAUCAGCAUCUGUAAGUCUGUAUGUUGUUCAUAACUUAUAUCUUAUUGUCACUGAUUAUGCAGCCAUCAUUUUCAAAAUCCAUCCAUUAAAAUGAUUGGACAAGAA